AUGUGUAUACUUCCUUGGUACAAAUUCCUGUUGAGAGGAUCACUGGAUGCGAUUGAAUGUGAUGUUGAAUAUUAUCAGCCAUUUAAAUUUUGGGCCAAUGUAAGCAGUGAAUGUCUUUUGCGGAAGUCAGAAUGUACAGAGGAGGGACAGAUAACCAUUGACAGAGGCAAUUCAACGUUUGAUAGAAAAUGCCGCUGCGAUUAUACCCAGGGCUACACAUUUAUCAAAACUCCAGUGAAUGAAUGUUUUUGUAUGCCAUCCGUUGAAGAUUGUUCUUGUCAUAAAGGGCUGUGUCCUAUCGACCAUAUUUUGACUCCAGAUUAUGGAUGUGUCAAACAAGAGGAAUGGACUGGGCAUUAUGUUUGCCCUACAAUUAAGAUAACAAUGCUUAAAGGAGAAGAGUGUUCUACUAGACCAACACCCGUCCCAACUUUCGACACACCAGGACCUGAUAUACCCAAUAUAAUUCGAGCUGAAGAACCAAUGUCUGCUAAUGUAUGGUUCACAGUUAUUAUCGUAGCAGGAAGUAUAGCGGUUUUGAUCGGUUUGAAAUGUUUGCCGAAAUGCUAUAAAUUGCAAUCAGAAAUCGUCAGAAAAGAUGAGAUAAAUACAAGACUUAAAGAACAGGAAGAAGGUGUUAAAGAUUACGUGAAUGAACAAAUGAAACACAAUUUAGAAGAAUAUGUUCAAGAUUACAUGAAAAGUAAAGAAAACGAGGUCAAUGAAAAGAUUCCGCCCAAAAUUCAAGAGAAAUAUAGUCAACACAUAGAAGAAUGGAACAAUGACAACGACAAGUACAUUAUAACUGAGGCAACUGAUUAUAUAGAUGAACGUCUCAGAAAUAACAAUUGCGUGCUUGUAAUCGGUCGCCAAGGAGGUGGAAAGUCCUCCAUAAUUCGUCAUAUUGCUCUGAAAUUAUACACGAACGAAUCUUACGAUAUCAUUCCAAUUGUAUUGGGUCCACACGAUAUACUAGAUUAUCACAAUGAAAACCGAAAACAGAUCUUUGUUAUUGAUGAUUUCUGUGGAAAAUUAGUUAUCAAUGCUCAGAACGUUGACUUAUGGUCUAUUCAAAUCGACGAUGUUUUAAAAUUGAUCGAAACAGAUGAAGACAGGCAAACUGAAGGACAAGGACUUGUCAAAUUUCUUUUUGCAACAAAUGAAGACAUUUUUAACGACAAAAUAUUCGGAAAUCGCCUCCAGCAAUUGUCACCGUUUUAUUGCAAACUCUCAGAGAAACCUUUAAAAGACAGCGAAAAGUUACAAAUGAUUAGGAAAUAUAUACCAACCGAGGAAGCAAAUAUAAAAGAGACAAUGCUAUCACAUGAAGUAUAUUUUCCUCUGCUUUGCAAAAUAUCAGAAGGCAAAACUGCCGAUCAGAUUGUGAAGCUGUUCGCCAAUUUAAACGAUUUCAUUAAACAAGAUUUAUUAGCACUUAAAGAUACCAGUGUUUUACAUUUCUGUAUUAUCACACUAUGCGCCUUAUUUGAAAACUGUUUUGACGAAAAAAUGUUAAAUGAAAAUUUUAGAUUUGCAAAUAGUAAGGAGGAAAAGGCUUUCAAUGAAAUUUGUGCUGAAUUCAAUUUAGGUCUUCAUAAAGAAUCAAAUAGAAUGCGCUUGAAAGAACAAUUACAAUCGGUUGGAGAAACGUAUGUUUCUAAAACUGGGGAUUAUUAUAGUCUUAUACAUAGCAAGGUAUAUCAAGUCGCAGAGAUUGUAUGUGCAAAAUCAUUUAUAAAUUGCUUUAUCAAAUUCGCACCUAUUUCAUUUAUUGCUGCAAGGUAUCGCUUUAAAUCGACCACCGUAGAGAAAAACGGCAAUGUUGUUUGGAUAAAUGAAGCCGAUACCGAAAAAAGAUAUUUCAAUAGAUUGUUUAUGGAUUUAGAAGAGGGGGUAACUUACAGCACGUUUCACAAUGCUCAGCUCUGUAAUAUAACGUACAGGGAAAAGUUCUGUACCUACUGCACAAAGAGAAAAGAGAAGCUUACAGAACUUCUUCUUCGAAUAAAAGAAAGUAACAAAGCCCUACUCUUGAACGAGCAAAGUUCCCCUGAUGACCACCCUGAUUAUGAAGACUAUUUAGAUUUUAAAGAACAGUAUCACUUUAUGGAUCACAAAAUGCGAAAACCACUUAUCGAGUCAGCAUGGGAAGGAUGUAGCGACAUUGCCAAAAUGCUGUUAGAGAUGGAAUGUGACGUCGAUGAAACCGAUAAAUUUGGAAGAACUGCUUUGUUUGUUGCUAGCUAUCGCAACAAAACAAACGUUGCUAUAAAAUUAAUAGAAAAGGGCGCGCAGCAUGACUUAUGUAAUGCAAAAGGACAAUCUCCGUUAUUCAUAGCCGCUAGACACGGUAACUACGAUAUCAUAAAAGCACUUUUAAAAAAGAAAGCUAGUACUGAACUUUGUGAUCCCAGUGGACAGACAUCGUUGAUGGUAGCAUCCACAUGUGGCAAUAAGGACGUUGUAGAAGCAUUAUUGAAAGCAGGGGCAAAUAUCUCAAAAUGUGACAAUGUUGGUAGGUCCUCUCUCUUUUUAGCAAGUUUAAAUGAGCGAAAGGAUGUGGUCAAUUUUUUGAUAAGAAACAAAGCAAACGUCCACCAAUGCAACAAAACAGGAUUAUCGCCACUUUCUGUGGCUUGCGGGAAAGAAAAUUCGGAUUUGUUAGAUAUUCUGAUUAAAGCAGGAGCCGACAUAUCAAAAGAAGACAACAAUGGAAGAUCUCCAUUAUUUAUUGCAUGUGAAGGAGGAUUUGACAAUAUAGUAGAUAUCUUGAUCAAUAAAGGUGCAAACGUUAUGAAAUGUGACUGGGAGAACAAAUCGCCUUUAUUAAUAGCCUGCGAAAAAGGUCAUUUGAAAAUUGUUCAGUCUUUGAUAAAAAGUAACUCUAGCAUGAUAAACCUUUGUGAUGAAGAUGGUAGAUCGCCAUUGUUUGUUGCAUGUCAAAAGAGGAGAACCCAAAUAGCGGGAUUCUUACUAGAAAACGGAGCAAAUCUAAAUAGUUUCGACAAUAAAAGUCGUUCUCCAUUUUAUGCUGCCUGUCGAUCUGGUGACCUUGCAAUUGUCAAGCUUUUAUACACCAAAGGGGUUACAAAAAAUCACUGUAACAUAUGGGGAAGUUCACCUUUAUUCGUUGCUAGCAGAGAAGGUCAUUUUAAUGUUGUUGAAUAUUUAAUUGAUCUGAAAUCUGAUGUUUCAAAAGCUGAUUCAAAUGAGAAGACACCGUUGAUAGUCGCAUGUGAAGAAGGGAACGUAAGAAUAGCAAGGAUCUUGAUGGAAUCAGGUGCUGAUGUUAAUCACUGCGAUAAAGAAAAAAGAUCGUCUUUACACGUAGCAUCUUUUUGUGGACACACCGAUAUUGUCAAAUUGCUACUCAUGUAUUUAGCGGAUCAAACUCUUCGUGAUAUCGAUGAACACACUCCUUUGGAAAUAGCACACAGAAAGGAAUUCGCUGACAUCGUUGCACUUUUAACUUCUAAAGAACUGUCGCUAAACACUUACCAUUAAUGUCUUUAAUUAUAUUAUAAGCAUAUCAAGU